AACGUGUCAUGGGGCUUGUGUAGACAGUCAGUUCCAUGAGCUUAUUCAUCGGGACACCAUCCUCACCACCAGUUGAGUAGGUUCUGCUGCAUUGCGAUUUGUGCGAGGGAUGCGCGAAGAUAUGUACACAUGGCCCGUGCGUUAUACUCUCCACGCCUUUACCGAAGCACCUUGUCUGUUAGUCGAGGUACAUGCCCUGAACAAUCUUGACAAAUGCAAAAUGCAAUGCGGAGGAUAGUUGUCACUGGCCUAGGGGCUGUGACUCCCCUUGCAGUUGGUGUUCUGCCCACCUGGAGGCGACUGAUCAAUGGAGAAUGCGGGAUUGUGAACAUCACGAACAGAGAUCCGAAAUUUUCCUCUCUGCCAUCUCAAAUCGCAGGUAUUAUCCCUGCCAGUCUCCGACACGGAGAUGGAGGAUGGAAUCCAAAGGAUUGGUUACGGCCAGGCGAUGAUCGGAAGAUGGCACUAUUCGCGCAGUAUGCUAUGGCUUCAGCUGAUGAAGCUCUUCGGGACGCGAAUUGGAGGCCAGAAUCUGAGGAGGAUCUCCAAGCAACGGGUGUCUACAUCGGAUCUGGUAUUGGGAGCCUGGACGAUGCCUACAACACUGCUGUGGAGUUUGAGAAAGGCGGCUACAAGAAAGUGUCGCCCCUAUUCGUACCCAGGCUCUUAAUCAAUCUAGCCGCAGGUCACAUUUCCAUGAGAUAUGGAUUCAAGGGGCCUAACCACGCAGCGACAACGGCGUGUACAACGGGUGUCCAUGCAAUCGGUGAUGCUGCCCGCAUGAUCGCCUUCGGAGAUGCAGAUGUGAUGGUUGCUGGGGGUGCAGAGUCUUGCAUCCAUCCGCUCGCCAUCGCUGGAUUUUCUCGCGCAAGAAGUCUAGCUACUGAAUGGAACGAUAGGCCACAGGAAGCCUCAAGACCGUUUGACAACGCUAGGGCGGGCUUUGUGAUUGGCGAGGGAGCCGGUGUUGUGGUACUUGAGGAACUGGAGCAUGCGAAAGCACGUGGAGCCUCCAUCUAUGCUGAGGUCAGAGGCUACGGCCUUUCAUCUGAUGCACAUCAUAUGACGGCUCCUCGAGAAGAUGGUCAGGGACCGUGCCUCGCUAUGAAGCGUGCACUGAAGCAAGCAGGCAUCAAACCUAGCAAAGUUGACUAUGUGAAUGCUCACGCUACUUCAACAGUACUCGGCGAUGCUGCCGAGAAUCGUGCCAUAAAGACUCUGUUACUCGGCGAAGAGGGAUAUGCGAGUGCUAUGCAAAUCAACGCAAGCAGCACCAAAGGUGCAGUCGGACAUCUCUUAGGAGCUGCCGGAGCCGCCGAGACCAUAUUCACUGUACUGGCACUGAAAGAUGACAUUUUACCACCAACACUCAAUCUCAGACAGGCGGGCGACCCUGCAUCUGACUUCGAUUGCAACUAUGUCCCCAACACAGCCCAAGACUGCAAAGUACAAGUCGCGCUAUCAAAUAGCUUCGGCUUUGGAGGGACAAAUGCUAGCAUUUGUUUGAGCAAAUACGAGGGCUGACAGCUCGAGAACCGACUCUUCAGCUCAUUUUUGAGACGGAGUCAUCUGUAUAGACCAACAAUUA